AUGUGGAUGAUUCCUAUAAAGGAUACUACGGGAAAAAUCACCGUAGGUUCUCAGGUAUGGGUGGAAAACCCAUCAGUGGCUUGGAUCGAUGGAGAGGUGUUGAAAAUAGAUGGAACAGAAGCUGAGAUCCGAACUACUGAUGGGAAGAAAGUUGUUAUAAAACUAUCAAAAAUCUACCCUAAAGAGAUGGACACUCCUGAUGGUGGAGUUGAUGACAUGACCAAGCUUUCUUAUUUGCAUGAGCCUGGAGUUUUGCAUAAUCUAGCUAUCAGAUAUCAACGAGAUAAAAUCUAUACUUAUACAGGCAAUAUACUCAUCGCCAUUAACCCAUUUCAAAGUUUGCCCCACUUGUAUGAUGCACACAUGAUGGAAAAAUAUAAAGGAGCACAAUUUGGGGCUUUAAGUCCUCAUGUAUUUGCAAUUGCAGAAAUUGCUUUCAAGGAAAUGGUUAAUGGAGGAAAAAGCAACUCCAUCUUGGUUAGUGGUGAAAGUGGGGCAGGUAAGACUGAGACUACUAAAAUGCUUAUGCGCUAUCUUGCACAUGUUGGUGGACACAGAGGCACAGAAGGGCGAACAGUUGAACAACAAGUUCUAGAAUCAAAUCCAGUUUUGGAAGCAUUUGGCAAUGCAAAGACUGUUAGAAACAACAAUUCCAGCCGUUUUGGAAAAUUUGUUGAGAUUCAGUUUGAUAAACAUGGAAGAAUAUCUGGAGCAGCUAUCCGGACAUACCUUCUAGAAAGAUCUCGUGUUUGCCAAAUUUCGGAUCCUGAACGCAACUAUCAUUGUUUCUAUCUCCUUUGUGCAGCACCUCCAGAGGAAACCAAGAAAUAUAAAUUGGGAGAUCCUAAAUCAUUUCACUAUCUCAAUCAAUCAAAUUGCUAUGAACUUGUUGGUGUAAGCGAUGCCCAUGAUUAUCUUGCUACUAGGAGAGCCAUGGAUAUUGUUGGAAUAAGCAAAAAGGAACAGGAUGCAAUUUUCAGAGUUGUGGCUUCAAUUCUCCAUCUUGGUAAUCUUGAAUUUGCCAAAGGGGAAGAGAUUGAUUCUUCAGUUUUGAAAGAUGAUAAAUCCAAAUUUCAUCUUCAGAUGACAGCAGAGCUGCUAAUGUGUGAUCUACAUGCACUAGAAGAUGCGCUACUGAAGCGUGUGAUGAUUACUCCAGAAGAAGUUAUUAAGAGAAGCCUUGAUCCUGAAGGUGCAACCUUCAGCAGGGAUGGUUUGGCUAAGACCUUAUAUUCUCGCUUGUUUGACUGGUUGGUGGAUAAAAUUAAUGUGUCAAUUGGGCAAGAUCCGAAGUCAAAUUCUCUGAUUGGCGUCCUUGACAUAUAUGGUUUUGAGAGCUUUAAAACCAAUAGUUUUGAGCAGUUUUGUAUUAAUUUCACUAAUGAGAAGCUACAACAACACUUCAAUCAGCAUGUUUUUAGGAUGCAACAAGAGAUAUACACCAAAGAGGAAAUUGACUGGAGCUACAUAGAGUUUGUAGACAACAAGGACAUCCUAGAUCUUAUUGAAAAGAAACCUGGUGGGAUCAUUGCUCUACUUGAUGAAGCCUGUAUGUUUCCCAAGUCAACUCCUGAAACUUUUUCACAGAAGCUCUACCAGACAUUCAGUAAACACAAACGGUUUAACAAACCAAAACUGUCACGCUCAGAUUUCAUAAUUGCUCAUUAUGCUGGAGAGGUUCACUACCAGUCUGAUCAAUUUCUAGACAAAAACAAAGAUUAUAUUGUUCCUGAACAUCAAGAUUUGUUGAGUACUUCAAAGUGCUCUUUUGUAGCAGCGCUUUUCCCUCCACCAAGUGAGGAAACAACGAAAAAAUCCAAAUCCAAGUUCUCAUCGAUUGGCUCUCGCUUCAAACAACAACUUCAACAAUUGAUGGAGACUCUGAAUUCCACACAGCCCCACUAUAUCAGAUGUGUGAAGCCAAAUAAUCUUCUUAAACCUGCUGUCUUUGAUAAUGUCAACAUCAUUCAUCAAUUACGUUGUGGGGGGGUUCUAGAAGCAAUUCGUAUAAGCUGUGCAGGGUACCCUACCAACAAGGCUUUUGCUGAUUUUGUAAAGCGAUUUGGUCUUCUAGUUCCUGAAGUUUUAAGAUCAAAUCAUGACAGGAAGGAUGCUUGUAGAAAGAUUCUGGACACAGCUGGACUUCGAGGGUAUCAGAUUGGGAAAACAAAAGUUUUUCUUAGAGCCGGUCAUAUGGCUGCAUUAGAUGCAAGGAGAUCAGAAAGGCUUAGUGCUGCAGUCGUAACUAUCCAGAGAACAACAAGAAGUUUUCUCAUUAGGAGGCGUUUUCUUGCUAUGGCCAAUCUUGCUGUUGCCUUGCAAACUUUAUGCAGAGGAAAGCUUGCUUCUAAGGCAUAUGAAGAUAUGAGAAAGACGGCUGUGUCAACGAAAAUUCAGACUAACUUUAGGCGAUACACAUUAAGGACUUCCUACAACAGACUCAGGCAUGCAGUGGUUCUCAUUCAGGCAGGUGUGAGAGCAACGAUAGCUCGUCAUGAGCUUGGAUACAGGAGAGAAAAAAAGGCAGCUACUCUUUUAGAAGCCAAAUGGCGUGGUCAUAGAGAGUAUAUUCAGUAUAAGAAACUCUCAAAGGCAACAGUGGCAACACAAUGUGGAUGGAGGCAAAGAGUUGCUAAGAGAGAGCUUCGCAGAUUAAAGAUGGCUGCAAGGGACAAUGGGGCACUGCAAGAGUUGAAGGAUAAGCUUCAAAAACAAGUACAAGAGCUUACACAACGUUUAGAGCAUGAAAUACGUUUAAAGACUCAGUUGGAACAAUCAUUGCUUGCCAAGGAACGCGAGUAUGCAACAAAUGCACCUGAUGGGGCCCAUGGGGGAAUGAUAGAUGGCUUAACUGCUGAGGUGGAAAAUUUGAAGGCUUCAUUAGAAUCAGAGAGACAACGAGCUGAUGAAUCUGAGAAGAAGUAUGCUGAAGCCCAGGCUUUAUUAAAAUCAGAGAGACAGAGAGCUGAUGAAUCUGAGAAGAAGCAUGCUGAAGCCCUGGAGACAAUCAAAGUUAUGCGUCUAAAGUUGGAAGGAACUGAAAGAAAGCCUGAUGUGAGUGACACAUUGCUUGCUAAGGAAGCGACUGAAGCAUCAGGUGAAGCUUUGUCCAUUAUGAAAGAAGCUGUAGUCUUAAUGAAGGAUGGUGAUACAGAAAACCUAAAGACUGAAGUGGAGGACGGAUGGCAUGCCAAGGAUCGUGAUUCUGUAAUGGAAGUAUCUAACAGUCCCACCACCAUGAAAAAUCUCAAGACUGGAUUGGAAGACGGGUUGCAUGCUAGGGAAAACGGGUCUGCAGCCGAAGCAUACGUUGGAGGUUUAUCUGUUGUAAAAAAAGUUCCUGUGUUUGGUGAUGACACUGAAAAGAUUGACAGUUUAAGCACAGAAGUUGAAAACCUCAAGACUUUACUAGAAUCAGAAAGACAACGGGCUGAUGAAUUUGAAAAGAAGUUCUCAAAAGCCUUGGAAACAGUCGAAUCUAUGCGUCUAAAGUUGGAUGAAACAGAAAGAAGGGUACUUCAACUUCAAGAAGCAGAAAGAAGGACUGAUCUGAAUGAGGCCAAGGAACGUGAGCUUGCAAUGGAAGCAUCUGACAGAGCUUUGUCUGUUGUGAAACAUGCGUCAGUUUCUAUGGAGGACACUGGAAAGAUUGAAAUUUUAACUGCUGAGGUGGAAAAUCUUAAGGGUCAAUUAGAUUCAGAGAGACAACGAGCUGAUGAAUCUGAAAAGAAGUACUCUGAAGCCCUGGAAUCAAUCAAAACUUUGCGUCAAAAGUUGGAAGAAACUGAAAGAAGGACUGAAUCAGAAGACAAAAUGCUCGUUCAGCAACGUGAGGCUCCAUUGGAAGCAUCAGGUGAAACAUUGUCUGUUUUGGAGAAAGCCACAGUUUCCUUGGUGGAUACUGAAAAGAUUGAAAAUUUAACUGUAGAAGUGGAAAAUCUCAAGGAUUUAUUAGAAUCAGAGAGACAAAGAGCAGAUGAAUGUGAAAAGAAGUACAGUGAAGCCCUGGAAUCAAGUGAAAUGAAGCGGAUAAAGUUGGAGGAAACUGAAAAAAGGGUACUUCAACUUCAAGAUGCUUUGAAUAGGAUGAUGUACAGCAUGUCAGACCAAUUUGCGGAGCUAAAAAGUAUAUUGUGUGCUUCAUCAAGUUCCAGUGUAACUUCAGGGUUCAUUGUUAGAGAUGGUUUUGGUGAUUCCACAUCUACCUCUUCUGAUAUUACAUCCACUGAUUCUGAUUCCGAUUUCAAUUUCCCACCUCCCACUUGUUCUACAGAGACAGUCUCUUCUCUCACUCCUGGUGCUUUUCAGAUGAUAGUUCAGGACCUUUCUGCCCCUGAAAACCAGGAUCUGAAAACUGGGAAAGUGACAGGGAGGGGGCCUUUGAUGACUUCUUCUGAUGGAAAAUUUUGUUAG